AUGUGUGGUAACUUAGCAUUAAUAUGCAGGAAUUUGCAAGGAAAAGUAUUAGGUUUAUCACUGGCAGAACUUUCAUCCAUAAAUAAUGCAUGUAUUCAUAUAUUGUUAGCUCUCAGAAGCAGAAGAACAAAAAGAUCUUCUAAAGGUGCUGAAGAAAAUUACUGGGAUUGUAGUGUUUGUACAUACAGAAAUUCAGCUGAAGCUUUCAAGUGCUUGAUGUGUGAUGUACGUAAAGGAACGUCUACAAGGAAACCCCGGAUUAAUCCACAACUUGUUGCUCAGCAAGUUGCCCAACAAUAUACGCAAUCUCAACCAAAACAGAAAAGUUCAAAUUUAAAACCUGACAAGGACAAAAAGUCUUCUGGUGAUAAAGCUGCCAAAAAAAUUAGACCAAGAUUAAAGAAUAUUGACCGAAGUAGUGCUCAACAGAAAGCUGUCACUGUCAACAAUGUGACUGUUAUCAUAACAGAAUUCCAGCCAAAACGUAGAGUGUCAUCUGAUAAUGCAGCAAAUGGACCACAUAGUAGCAGUGGUAAUAGUACAGAUAGUAGUCAGUCAGAUUCUGCCAGCCACAGUGAGGCGCAAAAUGGGGAUAUUCAGUCAGAUCGGAGGUGAUGACAAAAAAUUUCCCCAUUUUAAAACUGGUCUUUCGUUUUUAUCAUUGUUUAGACUUUUUAAAAUGUUGUACAGAUGGGACAAAAUGGAGCACUUUUUAACUGCCUAAUCAUUUUUCACAGAGGUGUGCCAAUAACAUCUACUAUUCUUCAUCAUCAGUGACAAAAACUGUGAUUUAUUUGACUAUCAAAUGAUAGCCUUGACUCAGGCAAGUGUAGAAUACAGACUUCUGCAAAUUAUCAACUGCCAUUUUUUAAAAGAGAAGAUAUUGAACUUUGGUUUUUAAAGGUGAAAAUUUACUUCUUUUUUAAAUAUUUAUUAAAAAAUAUAAAAUUUGGCAGAUUUAUAAAUAUGGAGGAGGAUUGAAAAGUGUCUUGAACUCCCUAGAAAUCUAUUGAUGGGCAAAAUAAAACAUGUACUUUUUCAUAUGUUUGUGUUUUAGAAAGGACAGAUGAUUAAGGUAUUUCUUUCAUCUUGGCACCAGUUUUAGUGUAUUUUAUAUACGAAAAAUACAUUUUCUGGGCAUGUAAUCACUUUUGGACAAUUGACUUAACUCUCUCCGCUGAAUUUUUAGUUUCAUUACUGUUCUUUCCAGAAAUUAAUAUCUUCCUGCAUCAUGCGUUUAGUGGUACAAGGACAAUAUGAUCCUUUUUUUUUUUUUUUUUUUUUCUGCUUAGUUACAUUAUUGAGCAUUCGUUGCACAUCGUGCAAAAUUAUAAUUUCUCUUAUAUUAGUAUAAUAUAUUAAAUCAUUUCAAACAUUCAUCCUCUGUGUUUGCAGGUGGAUUCAUUGGCAGUUCCAGAUUUCCUGAUAGUUGGGAAGCAAUUAAAAGUUCUAGAAUUUUCACGUAUUGAUAAAAUUUAUAUUGCCUUCUGGAAAGAAUUACUUCAUUUGGAAAUGUGCUGAACGAUUUAGUAAUUUUGGUGACCAUGCCCGGAUGGCUGUGUGAUAGGAAAAUAGAUUGCCAUGAUGAAAGAAAAAUUAAUGUCUUGGUUCCCUCUUUAUUUCUGGUGCAAAAAUGCAUUACUUUUUAGUUUUCUCUCAUAAAAUAAGUUAUAUUUUCAGAAGUUUGCCUGAAUGUUUUGUCUGUAAAUUAUAGUUGGAAAUUUAUUUAAUUAAGGAGUAUUUGAAUACGUGUGUUCCAUUUAACUGUGACUUUUUUUAAUUUAUAAUUUUAUUACACUAAGUUUUAAGAUUGAAUGGCCAUUUGUAUUUCUUUAUGGUGCCUUGAAUCAGAGGAAAGAGUUUUAUUUAUUUAUUGAUAAUAUUUUUAAUUACACAUUUUGAGUAUUUUCAGUGGAUUUUUAAUCAUAUUUUAUUCUGUAGCAGUGUUCAGUGUACGAUGAUGAAUUUUACAUUCAAAUUUUGUUGGACAUUUUGUGAAGUUUAGUACUUUUUGUAAUAAAUUUUAGACUUAGGUACCAUAUUAUUCAAUAUAGUUUUAAAGCAUAUAUGUUUAUUGUGCUUCUGAUUUCAAAAUAUUUUAGCUGCUAUCAUUAAUAAUAAUAAAGUUUUAAUCAUCAGUUAGGGGCAUGAGAUUGCCUAAAGAUAAAAUAUAAAAAUAAAAUUAUUACAAAUUAUAAAAUUAAAUUAUAACUGUGUAUUAUGAGUUCAGUACAUUUUAUAGUUAUUUACAUAUGUAUCAGGUGGCCAACAUUUUUACCACAAAUGCUUAGUAGAUGCCAAUAAUAGUUUAAUUUGUCCUAAUAAAGAAUUUAAAUUAAAUUGCAGGUUAAUAAGUUACAUAAUGGGGUGUUUGCAGCAAUUAAAGGACAUCUGGAAUUGUUAUGCUGAAAAAAUUUUAAAGCACUCUUAAAUCUUUGUAAAAUCUCAAGGCAUUGUCAGAGUCUUAACAGAUGACUUUUCAUUAGUCAUUACCUAGAAUUUUAAAUUUAGCAAAUUUAUUAUGACCUUUAGUGUAUUAUUGUAGCACUAUUACUAUCCUUACAGUUAACUAUAACAUAAAGACUCUUCAGGAUACAUUGAAAAUACAAUAAUAUAUGGGGAACCUAACCGAUUGAAUGCCAGAAUCGCUACAAUGAACGGUAAGAAACUUGUUUGGAAUCUAGGCACUGAAUUAAAUGGCUAUUUUUAUUUUGUACAAAUGGUAUUUCAAAAGGCUCAUAAACAUUUCUAGAGCACUCAGCCUAAUUUCUUAUUCUCUUAGUACAUUUUAAAUGAAUUUAAAAUUUGUUGCCGUAAUAGACAUGUUGGCAUUCCUGAUAUGUAUAAAAAAAGUACAUAAGUUAUGUACUUAUAAAUUUCCUAGUUCGAGAGGAUGGGGAAAAGUCAUAUAUUAUAAUCAAUCAUCUUUAUUUAAUAAUCCAUUGAAAUUUGCAUUUUCUGCCCAAUAUAUAAAGUCUACAACUUUUAGCUAGUUAUUUAUUUCUUAGAUGGCACUAUCAAAAUGCUUUUUUUAAAUAUUGAAAAUAAGAAUACAUAAAUAAAAAUUAUUCCUUAAUUAAUUUUAAUAAUUAAAUGUUUUAAAUCCAUUAAAUUUGAAUUUAUGUUCUACCAGUUUCUUAUAAUUACAUGAAACAAAAGCAGGAGAGGCCCUUAACAUAUUUAGGACCAAUGUCACAUACGCAUGACACAACAAUUCCACUUCAACAAAGCUGCACCGUCAUGAAAGGGUUAAUUAAAAAGUAACUUUUACAGCAUUAUUACAGAACUUUCCCAAUGCAUGAUACAUCUUGCAUCUAAAAAAGCCAUCAUUGUCCAGUGUUGAUCCUUGUGUUGAAUUAUUCCACACGCAGCAAAACUAUUAAUUUGGAUUUUAAUUACCUACCUAUUAUUGCUUAAUUUUCUUUUACAUUUCGCAUUUGUAAUUUUGUUUUCAUCUAUAUAGUUAUAAUUUUUGUACUUUGCAUUUUCAUUUAUUUCUAUUAAUGUUAUAGUCAUUAUUAAUACAUAUUAAAAAUUAGCAUAUUAAGUACAUAACUUCAAAAACUGAGAUCAUUAUAUUACAAUACGGAUUUUAUAUGAAUUUUUUUGUAAAAGCAGGCGUAACUGGUGAAAAUGCGUAGGCCGGUGGAGACUUUCCAUUUCGUGGGAUUCGGUUCCGUGGCUGCACUUUGUUCUUCAUGCGCUGGUCUUCAAGGGGUUAAAAAAGCCUUUUUUAUGAGUUGUUCAUUAUGGAUAUUACACAAUAUAAGGAAAACGUAAUCAUCAUUUUUAUUAACGGAUCUUCUGCGAGAUAAUGUGGAAACAUCUGUUGUGUGUACUUCACAUGUUGUGCAGAAAUCUAAAUUUUAAUAGCUUUGUUAAAAAAACUUUUAAUACUCAGUUGUGUGAUAAAAUGGUGGAAAAAAGAAAUGAUUAAAAAAGCAAGCAAUUUUAGUGGUGCCAUCUACAAAAUAAAUAAAUAAGUAAAAGCAGUAGAUCACAUACUACAUCAUUACCAUAUUUUAUUUGGUAUUUAUAUACAUAUUAUCCCAUCCCUAGAAAUAGUGGUGCUGCAAGCUUGCUGUCAGAAAGCUUCAUGGGUUUACGAUAGCAAAUAUGAUUGAAUCUGCUUUUAAUAUUAUAAAAAAGCAGAAUAUAAUUAUAGCUAAUUUUGAGGGAAAAUUAAUGGUAAAUAUUUAAUAAUAGUGAAUAAGUUAUAUUUACUGCAAACACUUCUUUUUUAGUUUGAGAAAAAUAAAUAUUUUAAAGUGCGACCAAGUUCCACUGAAACUGCAAUCAACAAAAUAUUUUGUUUGAGCUAUUAUUUACUACCGUUUCUUUUGAAAUUUAAACUUCUUAGCUAUUGUUUAUCAGAUUUCAAACACAAGCCCUUGUAAUUUUUAUUCUACUCUUCCAAUUGUAUAAUUAAAUAUUUUUGAAAAUUUUGCACAUCAACUUCCACCAUUGACAGCCAAUCCUAUAUUCAACCGCCUCUCCGAAGCUGAACAAGUAAAUGCAAAUUUUUCUCGAGCAAAAACAAACAUAAAGGGAUGGCAUAAUAUGGAAGUAUUAUGCUUUAUUUAUUUGCCAAUGUAACUAUAUUUAGAAAUGAAGAAAAGUCUCAAAUGUUAUCUUCUGUACACUUUUUUCUACUUAAUUAUCUAUUAAAUAUGCACUCUUGUAAGUGAACAUCAACAAAUUUAAAAAAUUUAACAGUUAGAGUUGUGCUUUCUUUGCUGUUCACAAGUAAUAACUUGAAUUUCAAUAAAAGUGUUAAUUAUGUAAACUCCAUGAUAAUUAAAAUUAAACUUUUGUAUGCAAAUGACAUGUUAAUGUUUGAGUGUUAGAAGAAUAUCAAAAAUUUACUUUUUCUGUUAUUGCUGUUCUGCAUUUUUUAAACCCCUUUUUCUAUUUUAGUUACAGAAUUUCAUAUUGUAUUUAUUUUAAAUAUAAAGUAUUGUAUUUAAAGUGUGUAAUAAAAUUGUAAAGAACUGAAAUAAACAAGGCAUUUUUUAAUAUGUUUUAAGAUUAUUUAAAAGCUUUACACUGAUUUUUUUUUAUUAAAAGCAAUAUUGAAUGUAUUAUUUCAGCUCUGAUAUUAUGAAACAUUAAAUAUUCCCAAAAUUGUAGUAAAUCAAUAACGGAGUUGACUAAUUAAAAGGCCACAGAAGAAAUCCUGUUGUCAUAAAUUCCCCUUGUUGUAAAAAGAUCACAUUGAUAAAAGCAUACACAAAUAAAUGCUGGGGAUUAUUGGCUUUAAAAAUUUACAUGUGUAUUUUAAAAAGUAUGUCAUGCUAAAUGAAAAUAAAUGUUCAGUUUUUGUUCAUAUUCAUAAA